AUGGCCUGGCAGACGAGUCGGCACGUACGCAAAGAGAGCCGGCACAUGUUCCACCGCCUGGCGAGCGUCUACGAGGACUCGCGCUUCGUCGAGCAGGUGGCCAAUGCUUACCCGCAUCUGCCCUUGACAGCCAAUCUCCGGUGCGGUGCGUGGUAUACGCCGCCGAGCCUCACGACCCUCGUCUCGUAUUUCAAAUCGACAGACGGCCAUACGCACCAAUGGGCUUUUUCCCUCAAGCGGCCGAACCUGCACCUCGUGCACCCUCUCCUCGCCUCUGGCGGAUGCAUCAUCGUCGACUCCACCACCAGAGGCAAGAGCAUGCCCGAUGCGCUGUCAAAGACGGUCCCGGUCUGGUGCGCCGUCCUCAAUCGCGCCUCGUGGACCCGCUACGGCACGGCGACGGGGUCCGGGGAGGAGUCGAUGCAGGCGCAGCAAUGCUGGAGACGCCUCGACACGUACCCCGGAAUGGUCGGAGCAAGCGAGAGAGAGCAAAUCGAAGAAAAGGUCGACGCGUGGACCAGAACCUUUCUCGAGUCGGAUCUCGACGUGCCCCGCUUGGACAGACCGCUGCGUCCGUUCUUCAUCACACAAGAGACGACGCUGCCUUUGCCAGACCUCUUCGCUGACGACUGCGACGGCGACGCGGGACAGGUAUACACACCCAUCCUUCUCGUUUCGGCGUCAAAGCACAUUGUCGACUCGUUCCACCCCGUCAGACCCGAGCAAUUGACAACGGACUCAGACCUGGGCGCGGAGGAAGAGCAGCCGCGGAUAUAUGUUCAGGGCGCCGGAGACGACCACGAGAACUGGGCACAAGGGCUGACGCCUACUCUCUUUUGGAGACACCGAGACCUCCUCCUCUCCGCGGCCAAAGAGCACCUGCCUCGUCUAGUCGCGGAGCUGGUCCGGCAAGAAGGUGCGGAACAAUGGUUCCAGCCCCAGCGCCACCUAGCUGCUCCUGCCAACAGUGGGGCCAAGGAGAUGACCGGAACACACAAGGGGUUCGAAGAGAUCGGACGAACCGGCAUCUGUCUCCUCGUUUCAAAGGGCAGCAAGACGAACGACGAGACGGGCGCAGAGGACGAGGGUCGCUUCGGGCUGGUCGUUUACUGUUCCGCGGCCCUCGACAUCGAUGGCCACGACGUGAGCCCGGACCGUUCUACCGUCCCCGUCAUUCCCCCGGGCGAAACCUUGUCUCAGUCUCCUCCGCAGCCAGGCGACGCGGGAUCGAGCAAGAGGAGGCGGAUCCACCUCGACCUUCGACCCGGCAAGCGCGGUGCAGCCAUGCUGAUUGCACGCGCCCCGUCAUUGCUUUCGUCAGCCCUCAGCUGCCUCCCCGAUCGACCCGUCCUGCUGCGCGGAACGAGUUACGACCACGUUUCAUCAUGCGCCGUCCUACUCCUUUCGCUGCUGUACGCCGACGACUCGCGCAACUUUCUCUCUGACCCCGCCGCCCGUAUCCGCCAGGCCGAGAGCGUGACCAAGCAGACAACCCAGCACAGGGUGCAGUGGCUCGUCUCGUCCCUCCCUCACGCAGCGCCCAGUCGCACAUAUCUCCUACGCAUCAACGACUAUCUCAUCAGCCCGAGAUACAGACACUCGGCCUGCAAAUCAACAUAA